AUGCCUUCCAAUACCACUCGUCCCCGGUGGCCUGAGGAGGGGGCCAUCCUCGCCGAUGGGAGGGAGACGAGACGACUGGGACAGGCUGGGGAAAGUGGAACUCCAUUAUUCUCUUUCCCAACGAUCACCCUCGAUGCGCCCAUCAGAUACCUUGCGUUAGGCUGUGGAAUAGAAUAUGACGGCUACGGCAUUGAUCCGCAGGUCUAUGAUAUCACCCAGGCGGCAAACCGCAUGAUGCGAAAGUCCAUUUGGGGCUCCUUGCCGGGCGCACCUCUCCACGGAGGUACCGUCGAUGCCGGGUGA